GGUGUUUCUUCUUAGUGAUUUCAUUUUAUUUAAGUAUAAUAUCAGUGUGUGUCAUCAUGUCUGAAAGAAAGCAUGGAUGUAAAUGUAGAGGUAUUGAAAAUAGGCCAUCCAGCCAAACUAGAAAAAAUAAUGUUGCUAAAUGUGUUCCCUCAUUGGAGUCCAAUAGAUUGGCUUUGCAAGAUUUGGAUUUAAAUCGUUUGGCUCAACCAACUAGUUCAAAGUUAAAGUCAACUUCGACUAAUACUAUUACCGUUUCAACCUCUUGUCGUUGUGUCCAGAGACGCCAAAAUAACCCUAAAACAGUCUUAACUGCUUGUGGUUGUGCCCAGAGACGCAAAAAAUGUUGCGUACAGAGAACUCAGACAAAUAAUCCUCCUAAAACACAGACAAAUUGUGUGCAUGAAUCGGAGCCAACUUCAUCAACCAAGUUACGAGGUAAAACUGCAGCCACUCAAUCUACAUCCAGUUUAAAUAAACCGAAAUGUUUAACUUGCUUAAAUAAGAAGAGUACCAGUACAGUUACAAGUAGCGGAACAGAUAAAGGAACUUCGGCACGCUCCAAGCAAUCCUCAACAAGUAGUACUAAUAAAGGAACUUCAAGUACAUCUUCCAAAACAGGUUCUUCUUUAAAAAUAACAGGACCAAUUCAAUAUUUAACAGCAAUUCCUUUGAGUCAAGCUAGUGAUAAAAUAAAAGAAUCAAUAGCAUCGAGUUCUCAUCGUAUUUAUUGUAUAAAAGCUGUUCCUUCAAAAAAAAUUACCAGUGCCGUUGAUGAAGCAGGAGCUUCUAAUAAAAUGUGUGCACCUACAAAAAAAGUUUCAUUAAAACAUAGCAAAAUUCCAACGCACGCACCUAAAAAACCCAAUAAGGAAUUAUUUUGUUCAAAUAUGGAAAAAACAGGUAAUAACAAUCUAGCAAAACAUUCUAUGAAAAAAGAUUGCCCAGAAAUUCAAAAAAGUACUGGAGCUUCCUUAAAUGAUUAUGGUACUAAUAAAUUCGUCAGCAUGGCUUCUUCAAGUACAGCUGGGUCUGCUACACAAUCACUACCAAGAAUAAAUGUUAAUGCUGCGAAUGAAUACCAAUUUCCAACCAUUACCAAUGAUCCUCAAAGGGAUAUGUCCAAAUCAAAUAAGUCGGUUGAUGAGGAUUAUUUUAGUAUGGAAGAUAACCAAAGUAGUGAUUCAGCUUUAAUUCAUUUAAAAACAAAAAUGAACUUGGAAUCAAGCGAACAAGAUUCCGGGAUUAGUAAUCAACAUUUUCUCCCCAACUUUGAAUCUACAAGAAGAGUGAUGCCUUCUGAGUUAAGUCCAUCAUUAAUAAAUAAUGAGAUGAUAGUUGCCGAACCUAAAAAUGUAUUUAUGUCCACCGGUACAAGCGCGUCAAGUUCUUUAUUUGGUAAAUAUGGAGAGGAAGUGAGUAAAGUAACCGAGUCAAAUAUUCAAAAAGAAAAAUCAUUUUCAUUUUUGAUGAACAGUGAAAUUUUUUUAACUGAUUUACAAAAACAUAAAAUUCUCGCAGAAGAUGAAGCUGCCGUUUUCAAAACAAGAAAACCGAUAACGAUUUACAACGAUCCAAAAAUAAUUCUCGAUCGAAAUGAGCAGUACAUGAGGGAACAUUUAUUUACUCGCGGUAAGCUUGAUGACAUGGAUAGCGAGCUAAAGAGAAUUUUUGCAGAAUACAAGGAAAUGUUAAAAGUCAUAAUGAAUCUUGACAGCGUUAUCAAAAGACCAGCUGAAAAAAAGAAAUUAAUUAAGAAGCUGCGGAGGAGAGGUUCCAACGACGUCUUACGAAAUGAUAAAAUCAAAUCAUACAUCGAUGACCUUUAUACUUUAGAAUAUUUAGAUGAUAUAAUUACCUAUGAGUUUACUCAAGAAACGAAAUAUUUACUAACAAAGAGCACAAUAGAAAGCAAUAAAGAUGGCUCUUUAAGGAUAGUAGUCGUUGAUUGGCUUAUUAAGCUGCUGGAUCACUUAGAAAUUAACCAAUCAGUUUACUUGGCUGCCAUCAGGAUUUUUGAUAAAAUUAAAUUACAUUUUAAAAAGAUGGAAUAUCAGUUGGUCAUCAUAACAUCUCUAUGGAUUGCUUUUAAAUAUAAUAAUAAUUCCGAUGUUAUUACAGUACACAAGCUUUUUUCACUAUGCAAAGGUAAAUUCAGUACCAACCAGAUAAAAGAAAUGGAACUAACAAUGCUCAAGUUAUUGGAUUUUGAUUUAAAUAUUAGCAAUCCGCUGGAUUUUCUUUAUUUUUAUCUAAAAAAGGAGAAUUUAGAAAAUGACAAAAAAAUAGAAUGUGCAUCAAAUUUCAUAAUCGAAUUCUCAACUCUAUUUCCUCAGUAUCCAAGCAUUCUGCCCUCAUUGGUGGCAGAUGCAGCUUUGGUUCUUGCCAAGAGUUUUUUAAACUGCGACGUCAGAAGGGAUUCGCAUUUUCAGUACAACAAUCCAAUACAGGUUAAUUUUUAUGCAAACCUAUUUUUGCAGCAAUUAAAAUGGUUGAUGCAGCCGGAAUGUCCGUAUAAGGAAAUAUUCGAUAGAUAUAGUGGUAAAGGUUGUUGCAAUAUUAGCCAAAUAUUUUUAGCCAGAUCUUUGGAAGUUGCUAACAUUGAUUCUUUUUAAUUUUGUGUUGAAAUUGUUUUUAAAUUAUUUGUGUUUUUAUAUAUUUUUUAAUAUUUUAUAAAUUAAACUACCCAUGUGAUAAAAACAAUAUAUAUUUUAAGAAAUGCUUAUGAAUACUAUAAAAAUAAACCAUAAAUAAAUCACACUUUUUUAUGUUUCUCACCAUUUUAUAGUAUAAGCAAGUUUUUUCAAACUUAUCACGGUUCCAAAAACCUUAUCCCAAAGCAUGCUACUGAUUCCAAAUCCUACAAUAAAAAGAUU